AUGCAGCAAAGAAUACGUGGAAUGAAGCAAGGACUAGCUCCUCGGUCGCCCGCGGCACCCGCUGCCAAUAUUUCACUUGCAGCUUCGCUAUUGCUGCCUCAAGACGGCGAAACCAUGUUUCAGCUUUCUGAGAGAGAAACAAUGAUUCAAACGCCAGUUCUUGACCAAGAAGGUGACUUGACCGAUGAAACAGCCUCAAUGAUUGGACAAAGCACCUGUGGGUGGAAAACCGUAAACCAAGUCACUCAUACAUGA